AUGGCUUCAGCGAUAAGUGUCAAGGAAGUAGCUGAACAGCUUGCAGAGUUUCUUAGUCGAUACGGAAAGAACUCUCAAGGGCUUAUCAUCACUGGAGCUGGGUUUUCUACCAGUUCUGGCAUACCAGACUAUCGCGGAGCAAAUGGCAUCUAUAAUAAAAACAAGGAUUACAAGCCAAUAACAUAUCAGGAAUUCGCUGGAUCGAAAGAACGAAGAAGAAAGUACUGGGCCAGGUCGUUUCUCGGUUGGCCACAGAUAUCUAGAGCAAUGCCAAACGUUGGACAUCUUGCUGUUGCUAGAUUAGAACAGGCUGGAUAUAUCAGCUCUUUAAUUACUCAGAAUGUGGAUUCCCUGCAUCGAUAUAAUAAGCGUGUGAUUGAACUUCAUGGGACACUGUCUCGAGUAUCAUGUGUAUCAUGCGGCCACUACAUACCUCGAGCCGACUUCCAAUCCCUCCUCUCCGAAAUGAACCCCACAUGGACUGACAUCCAAACAUCUAAAGGAGCCGACGUAUCAUCCUCAGACACAUCAGCACUAACGGUCAAUCCAGACGGUGACGUAGAAGUCCUCGACUUUUCCGACUUUAAAUACCCAGAUUGCCACACAUGUCGAUCGAUAUAUAAACCAGAGGUAGUAUUCUUUGGCGAGAAUCUACCGAUAUCGAGAAAGCUGCAAGCGUCUGAAUGGGUCAAGGAGGCUAGUGCUGUGGUGUGUAUGGGGACGUCGCUUACCACGUUUUCGGCGUUUCGGCUUGCUAAAGAGUCGAUUGAGAGGAAAAUACCGUUGGCUAUUGUCAAUUUGGGGCCUACGAGAGGGGAUGCGUUGGCUUCUCUGCGGUUGGAAGGGAGGAGUGAGGAGGUUAUGCCUGAGGUCGUGAGGCUGCUGGUUGGCGAGGACGUUGGUAAGGAGGUGAAGGACCAUAAUCAUCAGCAUUACGCAUCACAGCAAUAG